CACACACACGCACAAACACACACCUGACACGCUCUUCAGCGCACCGAACCCCGCGCACCGAACUCCUCUUUACUCCCCAGCACCGGGAUGGCGAGGCGGCCGAGACACAGUGUUUACAGCAGUGACGAAGACGAGGAUGACGUGGAGAUUUACGAUCAUGACUACGACGCACCGUUGGCCAAAACAGGAAAGCGCCACCUUGGGAAAACACGAUGGACACGUGAGGAGGAUGAGAAGUUGAAAAGACUGGUGGAACACCACGGCUCAGAAGACUGGAAAGUCAUUGCCAGCUUCCUGCCAAACCGCACCGACGUCCAGUGUCAGCACCGCUGGCAGAAGGUCCUCAACCCUGAGCUGAUUAAGGGACCCUGGACCAAAGAGGAGGACCAGCGGGUGAUCGAGCUGGUGCAGAAGUACGGUCCCAAACGCUGGUCCGUCAUCGCGAAGCACUUGAAGGGUCGAAUCGGGAAGCAGUGUCGCGAGCGCUGGCACAAUCACCUGAACCCCGAGGUGAAGAAGACGUCCUGGACGGAGGAGGAGGAUCAGAUCAUCUACCAGGCGCACGAGAAGCUGGGCAACCGCUGGGCCGAGAUCGCCAAACUGCUGCCCGGCAGAACCGAUAACGCCAUCAAGAACCACUGGAACUCCACCAUGCGGCGUAAGGUGGAGCAGGAGGGCUACCUGCAGCACACGGCUAAAGUCGCCUCGUCCUCCAUAACCGGCGGCUACACCAAACCGCACCACCAUCUCAACUACAGCCACCCCCCAAACAGCAGCAGCCCCAUGUCGGCCAGCCCCAUCACUAACCAGUACCCCUACUACAUUUCUGACCCGCAGCGGGUUCCGUUUCCUCUGGCUCUCCAGCUGAACAUAUUCAACAUCCCACAGCACGGCACUGCAGCCAUACAGAAACACUAUAAUGAAGAGGACCCAGAGAAAGAGAAGCGAGUGAAAGAGAUCGAGAUGCUCCUGAUGUCGACAGAGAACGAACUGAAGGGACAACAAGCACUACCCAUCUCCAUGGCCAGCUACACAUGGGGUCGAGGCUCCUUGACUGACACCUCGGUGGGCGUGGCGGUGUCGGUUCCAGCCCCGCCCCAGGAGCAGGGCUGCCUCCCGGAGGAGAGCGCUCACGGCCACGCAAACAGCCCGAACGGCAGCGGCGGCGGCAGCAAUACCAACGGCAGCGGCGGAGUCCUGGCGGUCUUACCGGAGUUCAUCGACGCCAUCGACUCUUUCUUAAACUCCUCGGUGAGCCCCGAGUCGGACGGUCAGAGCCUUCCGGUGUCGCCGUCGUCGGUGUGCUCCCAGAAGUCCCUGCAGCUGGACCUUACACUUCAUCACCAGAAAGAGAAUGAAAUGUUCAGGACUCCCACCCUGCGGCGCUCCAUUAUGGAGUGCUCUCCUCGCACCCCUACCCCGUUCAAAACCUCGCUGAGCAUCCAGGACGGCAAGUACGGGCCGCUGAAGAGGGUCCACAGCCCCACGGCGGAGGCGACGGUGGCCAGGGGGAUUAAACAGGAACCCCAGGAGUGUGAGGUGAGCGCUGAGAGGGCACAUCUGGACGAACCACCUCUGAAGAAGAUUAAACAAGAGGUUGAACAAGCCUGUCUGCAGUGGGAGGGUCAGAAUCUCCAGUCUCAGCUCUUCCCUUCAUCCGGACCCACACACAGCCUGCCCGACCUGUUGACAAGCUCAGUGCUGAUGCUGCCUGGAGUGGAGAAGAGCGAGGACGGUCACAAAGCCCCUCAGAUUCCACGCAGACCCGUGGGGAGCCCCGUGCAGCAGGUGAACUCGUGGGAGCAGGUGCUUUGCGGGAAGACGGAGGAGCAGCUCGUGCCCGCCGAACCGACGCACAAAUACCUCAACAGCUUUUGCUCGCGCACGCUGGUCAUGUAGGGGGACGGGAGAAGGGAGACGGAGCGAGAAGACAAUCGAUCCGCAAUAAAGGAAAGAGAUGAAAAACAAAAACACUUCAUGGCCGCUCCUCGGUUGGAGGCGGGUCACCGUGGUACGUAAUUUGGGAGAGGCGUCGAGUCGUCAGUCGGAUGUCAGGCAGCCAAAGAAAUGUUUCGUUUUGUCUUGUUUGUUUUUUUUUUUUACUUUUUUAAAUUUGUCAUCUUUUAUAUUAAUAUUGUAUUAUAUAUUUUGUAUUAUAUGAUGGGAAAUGAACUGUCUAUGAGGGCUCUAAUUGUAUGGAUUUUAAUAUAAAUAACAAUUUGUAAUAAUUUAUUAUUUUGUAUUAAGAAUAAUUUACAAUGCCGGGCACCUUCGU